AUGAGUGAAUCUGUUGCCGAUGAGGAAUCAAAGAGAGUGUCGCUCCAAGUCACCUCCUUAUCUACACAGCUUAUAGAAUUGGUUGAGAAGCAAUCUAAGUUAGAGGAACAAUUGUUUCAUCAAAAGAGAGAGAAUGAACAACUAAAGAAGCAAAACCAAGAACUUGUUGCUUUGCAAGAAAAUUACAAAUCAUUAAAGUCUGAACAUGAUGAACUGUCAAAGUCUAACCAUACUUUGGAGCAGAAACUACAGAACGAGACCAAAGAAAAGGACUUAGCAAAGGAAAAUGUAUCCAAAUUACAAUCUGAAGUUGAAGAUCUAUCAGAGUCCUUAUUUGAAGAAGCAAAUAAGAUGGUAUCAAAAGCUAGACAAGAAGCUUACAGUUUUGAAAAACGUAACGAGGGGUUGGUUUCUCAAUUGAAGGAGAAAGAUAUGCUUCUUGAGAACUUACAAACACAACUACGUGAACUAAAAAAUGUUAUACAAGAGAAAGAUGAUCAAUCUAUUCAAGAUUCCGCAAGAAAUUCGAUUGAUGAACCAAGAUCCGGAAAUAAAUCUGAGGAUUCACCAGCUACUUUCCCUCCUCAAAUCAUCUAUAGUCCAACUAUAAACUCCAUAAGGUUUGACUUGAAAUUAUUCAACGAUUUCAAUAGAUUCAUCUCAGAUUUGAAAUAUAUUGAAGUGAUCAGAGAUACUAACACAAAAUUCAUCAAAAGGUUAGUUGCGGAUGACGUUGAACCAGCAUUGAGAAUAGAUUUAGCAAACGGUAUUGGGUGGUUAAGCAAACGUUCAUUAAUGGGUGCAUUCAUUGAUGGACGUGUCAUUAUUGAGCCUGUAUCGGGCAUAAAUGAAACCUAUAGAAUAAACUUCAAGAAUAACAAAACUCAGGAGUCUGAUAUCAAAUCUAACCUAUACUCUUAUCCUGCCCAUAGUCCUCCUGUUGCAAUUGAUCAACCAUGUGCCAUUUGUGGAGAGGAUAGAAACGAUAUUUUGGAGCAUUCACGUUUAUAUAUUUUAAAAGUUCAUGCAUUAAAAUCUAAAGAAGAAUCAUUAUCUGCAUCCAGUGGAUCAACACCGUCAUCGCCAAUAAUAGCCCAUCAAUAUCCCCUAUGUUCAUAUUGUCUGUUUAGAGUUAGAAGUGCAUGUGAUUUAUUUGCAUUUUUACGUUCUUUGAAAACAAACGUUUGGAAAUUAGAUUCAAAUACAUCAAUAAGGAAAGCAUGGUUAGAAUUGUCAAGACUAAGAUCCAAAUUGUUUUGGUCAAAAGUUGGUAUAUGGGAUUUGGAAUCAAAUAUCCAUCAAACUAAAAUUUACCCAGGAACCGAUGAUUUGGUCUAUAAGGCAUUAGAAAACCUACAUUCACCAAAGGCUACAACUGCUAAUACUGUUGGUGCUAGUACAUUGAACGACUCUUUCAAUUUGGAUGAACCUAAGUCCUUAUCAACAACUUAUAAAGCAUCACCAUUGAUAAAUGAAGUUAGUACUGGUAGUAUAGGCUCUGAUGAAAGCCCGGAAAAUCCAGUGGUUUUGAAAGAAAAUGGUGAAUCACAAAAAACCAAAACAGCUGCAGUUACACCAAAAGAGACCAAGUCCGAACAAGAGCCAAAACAAGAUGAGGAAGAUGACAACAUAACGAAUGAUAUCUUGAAUGAUUAUUCACAAGACGAAGACGAAGAAGAAUCACCAGUGGAGAAGACGAAUAAGGGGUUAAUGAUCCAAACGGAUCGUCCUCAAGAUGCAUUAUUAGAUUCUGAAGAAAAUACACCAAUCGUAGGGAACAUUAAUAAAUUCAAUGAUUUGAAAACACCAACAAAUACACAUGGUGGGUUUGACUUUGUUCCUGGUUCAGAAAAUUCAAAACCUGAUAAAGAUGAGGAACAAGAGAAACCUGACGGGACCCCAGAUGAAACUGAUGAUGAGUUUGUUGAUGCAUAA